UUGCAUGUACGCAACAGAUGUCGGCUAAUAAUAACAACAACCUGCUGCGCCUUUAAGAGGAUGACUGAGAGGGAAACCUAAUAUCUCUCCAUAUCGAGCUCAAGUCUCCAUCAAUUAACAGUAAGAGCCGAGAACAGGACGAUAUCUGAAUCUGUCCCUCUGCUCUGUCUUCCAAACUCCACCUGCUUUUUGUUGUUUUUUGGUUUUGUCACACAUAAACCGGAUUAAAUUACGCAUUGCGCCUUUAAGAAGCUGUCACCGGGAUUAGAGUUACGCGCCGCGAGCCAAGUCGCCCUCCGGAGGGGUUUUACGCACCGUCGGUUUUCCAGUGAAGGGGCUCCUUCAGCGACUGUCUCUCUUCUUCUUCUUCGCUGGUCCUGACACCGCCGGGGAGCACCUGCACACCGCGCGACAUGGCCGAGACAGGGAAAGGGGUCACCGCCGGGAAACUGGCCAUCAACGUCCAGAAGAGGCUCACCAGAGCGCAGGAGAAGGUCUUGCAGAAGCUCGGCAAAGCAGAUGAGACCCGAGACGCCGCCUUUGAGGAGAUGGUGGCCAACUUCAACAAGCAGAUGACUGAAGGCACCAAACUGCAGAAGGACCUGAAAGCCUACCUGACAGCAGUGAAAACGAUGCACGAUGCAUCGCGGCGGCUUCAGGACUGUCUGGCAGACAUGUACGAACCUGACUGGUUUGGCAAAGAGGAGAUGGACGCACUGGCAGAGGACACAGACACUCUGUGGUUAGACUACCACCAGAACAUCACGGACAAAUCUCUGACCUGUAUGGACACGUACCUGACCCAGUUUCCUGACAUUAAGGCUCGCAUAGCGAAGCGCGACAGGAAGAUGGUGGACUUCGACAGCGCCAGGCAUCACUUCGCCUCCUUACAGAAAGGAAAGAAGAAGGACGAGGCCAAGAUCGCCAAGGCGGAGGAGGACCUGGGUCGAGCUCAGAAGAUUUUCGAGGAGCUGAACGUGGAGUUACAAGAUGAGCUUCCAACACUGUGGGACAAUCGUGUUGCCGUCUAUGUUAACACAUUCCAGGGUCUCGCAGGUCAUCAGGAGAAGUUCCACAGGGAAAUGAGCAAGCUCAGCCAAAACCUGAACGACAUCAUGACCAAACUGGAAGAGCAGCGGCAGCUGAGAAAAGAUGGUACUGCAGCGGCAAAGACAGGAGAUGGUGCCAAGAGUGAGGAAGCCAACCACAGCGACUCAGCCAGCUCACCACCAAAGGUGGUGCAGAAGCCCGGUCCUCCUCCCAGUCGGCCUCCGCCCCGGUGUACGCCGUCUCCAGACCAGAGACAGCAGCAUGUCGACAUGUCCGAGGACGAGGCCUCGGUGCCUGACGCUAACACAGACCCCACUACCACAACGACACAGCAGGCGCCAUCAUGGGACUCAUGGAAAGAACAGGCUACCGCAGAGCAGGAGCAUGAUGACGGCCAGUACCCAGAGGAGGCCCAAGGUGGCUGGGAUUAUGAUGAAAGCAACACCCAGAGCUACACCCAGCCCAGUUGGGAUGAUGCAGAAACCGCUCAGGGUCAAGAGAGCUGGAGCAACGAUGGAGUUAGUGCCGCUCAGUCGUACACCAAGCCCAACUGGGACGACGAUGGCGCCCAAGUGGGACAAGGUGGCUGGGGCGUUGAUGGAGAGGCCCAGAGUGCGAGUGCAGUGACCAAUGGCUCAGAUGGUGAACUCCCUCCAGGAUUCGUCUACAAGGUAAAAGCAAUACAUGAUUAUACUGCCACUGACGGUGAUGAGCUGGAACUGAAGAUGGGAGAUGUCGUGCUGGUUUUGGCCUUUGACAACCCAGAUGAACAGGACGAUGGCUGGCUCAUGGGCGUGAAGGAGUCUCACUGGGUGCAGAAAAAAGAUAUUUCAGCCAAAGGCGUUUUCCCUGAGAACUUUACUCAGAAGGUUUGAGGUUCAUGCCGCGUAAAGAUUCUGCCCCCCUCCUGUUCCCCGAACUCCUCAGAUAUCUUAUCUGGUAAAGACAUGUUCGAAUCAUCACUAAAUGUCUAUUUACACACCAAAAUAUAUCUGUACAUGAUUAGAAAUGUGCAGUGAAAUACAAGUACAUCUCAAUGGCUAUGAUACCAAAUGAUUUGUUUGUGCAGUUGAAAACAGUGCCAGUUAGUAAAACUCAUCUCAUGAACACAUUUACGCAAACCAAACUGAAUGUUAUAGUUAAAAGAUGAUAAAGAAGUAGGUUUUGCCCCGACUCACUACCUUGUGGUAAAUGAUGCACAAUCAUCUCAAAUGUUUUAGUCAAAUUGUACACCGAAAAUUAAAUUCAUUAAUUUGUUUUUGUUUUGAUUUCUUAUUCCUGAAUUAUUUAUAUUUUUGCUGAACUCAAAUGAAACACAAAACAAUGUGCUGGUAAUAUUUAAAAAGGAUAAAUAAGUCACGGAUGUACUGUAUGAAUGUCAAAAUAUUUUAUGUUGUGUAAUGUCAACGGUUUUUGAAAAAAUUACGUUUUGAGAACUUUCCACAGUUCCUUGCAUGAAGCAUUUGAUUGUAUUGUCAUUUACUUUGUAACACAACAAAACACUGUGACACCAGGUGGGAUGAAAUGUGGCUGUGAUUGUCUGAAAAAUGCAGGUGUCCUAGAUUAGAGCCCUGGAGAACACCGCAGAUAUAAACAGUAUGUUUGCAGGGCUUUGCCUUGCAUUAUCAAAAUCUAUUACAGUUUCUUGGGCUUGUAGGAUUAUCAAAGGGAACAGUAGUUUUUCAUUUAUUUUAUUGGCCAUUUUGAGGACAUGACUUGAUGUGUGGCUUAAAUUUUCUAAUGCACAUAUGGUUUUAUUUUGAUUUUUGAAUCAUCUUUUCAUUGAUGGAUGAAAUGCAAAACCUUAUCAUAAAACUCAGCAGAUGAUUUUCCUUACCACUAUUUACAACGUUUUAUCACUAGUUUAGAUGUCAUACGUUGAGACAUUUUUCAUAUGAAUUUGAUUCUGGAUCUCUGUGCUCACUUGGACGGGCCUAUCUGACUCUUCAGUCUUUAGCUGCAUAAAGGAUAACACUGGAUCACUACUGUGCAGACUAAUUUUCUUUAGUGUUUUUUCCAGUAGAAAUCCAGUUCAGACUGCAUACUGACUCCAUAACUGCAAUGCAAGCAGCUAAAUGAGAGACUGAGGCUAAAACACUUAAAAUGUAAACCUUUGUCUGGUUCAAAAUGAUCCAAAAAUCCAAAGUAGUUAAACCCAUGCAAAAAGUAUUUUCACAUUGUGUGGAAUCAAUGAAUAAGGAAUCAGUUCAAGUGGUAACUAAUGCACCAUCUGUUGGAUCAAAUCAGUGUCAUUAAAGAUGAAUGAAACAACA